GACCGCAGCUUCCUCCCCACCUUCUCAGCUCCUCCCCCAGGGUGAUCAAAAGGGACUCAGGUGACAGGAGGGGCCUCCACAGAGGCCACAUGGCCUGGAGUGUCCACCUCCCACCACCGCUGCUGCUCCUGCUGCUGUUUCCAGGCUCCUGGGUGCGCUCAGACGAGGCCAUAUUUCAAAGAGUGGCAGGAGACACGCUGACAGUGAUAUGUAACUACCCAGCAGCCUCCCGCGAGUCCUACAAGGAGAAGGCCUUGUGUCGGGAGGUGGCAGGAUUCACAUGCGGCAAGUUAGUGCCGGGCGCCAGUGCCAAGGGCCAGGUCCCCCGGGUGUCCUUCUGGGACCGUCCCAAAGCCGGGCACUUCGUGGUCUCCCUGGCCAGGCUCACGGAGGAGGACUCCGGAUACUACUGGUGCUCCCUGCUCGAAGUUUCCAGCAACACUGUGCUCAACUCCAUCAAAUUCUACGUGGCCGUGUCACCAGCCCCCACCCAGGCCCCCGGGGCUGCCCGCAGCCCCACCUCCUCAAACACCCAGAGCUCUACACUCCCAACAGCAGGAACCACGGAGGCCCUCAGGGCUCCAUCUGCCUUCACCCCACUGGCUUGGCCCCAAAAUGUCACCCUUUGCCCUGACCUUGCAGACUCCUGCGCCCUGGGCCGCGGGCUCUGUGGACUCCUUCUCACCAAGAGCCUGGUGCUGCUGGCCCUGCUAUGGACCUUGAGGAGCAGAUGUGUGCAGCGUAGAGGGGACCUCCUGGGGAACCAGCCCCAGCCCUGGGAGCUCAGGGCUGCCCUGAGCCCACAGAACCUGAAGCAGACACCCAGGGUCCCCCAAAUCUGUACCCCUAGGAGCUGCUCUCUGACCUCUGAACCCUGCAGUCCUGCAAAGACAAGGCCAGAGCUCUGCGGCAGCCCCUCCGGCCAACCCUGAGGGUCUUCCUUGAGACCCUCCACUGGGCCAUGCCAGCCUGCCCCCCGGGCUGCCAUCAUCUCAUAGGGGCAAAGCCCAGUGUGACAUUUCAGUAGCACCCGUUAAGACCCUGGAGACCAUUCUUCCCCCGCCACCUCUGAGACAAGACGUGGCUGAGGGGAGCCCACUCUCUGGGCCAGCAGCACCCUCUGAGCCCAGCACUGGCCCAGGACCAGGAUGCCUGAGUCUAAACAUGGUGGGAGACAGCGACCAGCUGUCUCAGCUGAUGUACAAGAUCCCUCGUGACCCAGGCCGUCCUCUGCAGCUGCUGGGGAUCCUAGCCUUAAUUACCAUCUCAUUGACUAUGCAGAUUAGACCCCGCCCUCUGCGGGCUACAGACCCCCUGACAGUUCCUCCAAGGCUCAUAAGAGGUCGAGACUCCCACUGCCCAACAGAGGGGGCCAAGCCAAGCCCUCAGACCACAGUCCCACCCCAAACCCGGAGGCUUCAGACCCUCGGCACCUAGCUUGCUGCCCAGAGCUCUGCUGCCGGCCUCUUCUGCCCAGGGCAAUGGGCUUUCGCUUUCAAAUAAAUCUUUGAUUCUGCUGUUC